AUGGACAUUGAGAGCCAGAUCUUGUCCCAAAACAGGAAUCAGAAGAAAAACCACACCACCCAACUGCAGGAGCUGGCCUUGCUGAUACCGGUGACCCUGAAGACUGGUGCCAAGAAGCUCACCAAGAAGGAGAUUCUGCUGCAUGUCCUGCACUACAUACAGUACCUUCAGAGAGCCAUCAAUGUGGUCAAGGCCCUCCUCAAAUUCUACCUCAGCAAUGAGGAAGGUGGACUUGAGGGACUGGGCUGGAAUCCAGCCCCAGGCCCAGCCAGGCAGAGACACUCCACCCCACCCAGCUCUCAAUGCUCUCAGAACUCCCACCUUUGGGGGGCCUAUCAGAAACCCCGGAAGAAGAAGCUGACCCGAACAGCAUCAGAACUGCAGACCGGGUCCCAGAAGUCUCGCCGAUUUCUGGCUCUGGACACACCUAAGAAGCUGGUGACAUUCUCCGAUCAGAAAGAAGAAAACAUGGGAAGGACCACCACCCCUCCAAGGUGCCCUGAUGCCUGUGAUCCCCCCAAGACUGCCCUGGCCUCGUCUCAAGAAGGAGAUGGAGAUGGAGAAGCGGGAGCCCAGUUGAUACUGCUGAAUUUGGCCGAUGACAUCAACUUGGAUGACAUCACAAGCUACUGUUUUCCAAAUGAGCUCCAGGAGGAUGAGCCUGGCCCUGCCGUUGAGAAUGCGAGCAGGGAUAGAAUGAUCUGUUUCCUCGAUGAGACACCGUUCUAUCCCAGGCAGCAGAUGAUCUCCUAUGAGUCCAGUGAGGAGGACAAGGAAAUCCGAGGUGCUGACCCUUGGCUUCCUGUCUGUACCCCAGAGAGCUCCCAAGAGAGCCUACUGGCCUUAUCACCUGCCCAGGUCCCUACCUGGAAUGCGACAGACCACCCGAGCAAGAUCCUAGGACUCAGCCCUUCCUUCUUCAGUUCCCUGAAUGAAGAGCUGCCACAACACAUCUUGGAGGAUGACAGUAUGUUUUUGACCCAAGGUCUCCUUGAAGACGUGCUCCUGGAUCCCAUGUCCCCACCGUCUGCCUGCAUGCUUGUGGAUCCCCAGCAGGAUGCCCUCGCGAAGGCCCCCGAAGUCUCCCCUGACUUCUAUAGCCGAUGCCAGGCCUCAGUCUCCUUGGACCACUGCUACCUUUCGAAGAGCGAAACCAACAGGGCACUGUCUGGCCCCAACUGUGACACUGACACAGAUUCCCCGCUGGAAAACGAAGAGGUGAGAGGGAUGGACUCACAGGCCGAGAGCUUGCAGUCCUCCAGUGAGGAGGAGGAUGAGGACGACACGGACACAUGGAGCCCCACCCAGCGGCCCACCCUGUCUACCGCUGGGAGGAAGGGCAGUAAGGUCCCAGCCAGCAAGGUCCCCGUGAAGCCCAAAGAGAACAAGAAAGCCCCCUGUGCUCCCCAGGUGAAGAAGAAGUGUGUCAACGGCUUCAUCAUGUUCUGCAGGAUGAACCGGAAACCGUAUAUCCGAGCCUGCCCUGGGACAGCAUCUACAGUAGCCACCAAGGAGCUGGCCCAGCUGUGGCGGGUGAUGACUCCGAAGGAGCGGAAACCAUACUGUGUCAAGGCUCGAAGGUUCAGCCGCCAGCACAACCGCAUCGUGAAGCAGGACAGCUCCGACAGUGAGGACGAAGCUGGGGAGAUCCCCAAGCCCUUCCACCAGCUGCUGGCUGAGAAACUGGGAGCUGCCCAGGACCCAGAUGAGCCCUCAGCCCCUCAGCAUGACUGAGGGCAGAUGCCCUGCGCAGCUC